AUGUCGAACGUCCGACUGCUUUCAUUCUCGUAUUCCUAUGCGGUCACAGAAACCGACGAUCAUGAUGCCAAAUUACCAAAUGAGAUUGAACAAGUUGUACGUCACAUGAAAUCUGGAGUGAUUGCGCAGACGCCGGUACCAACAAAAAUGCGGAAUAAAAAUGAUUGCUCAGAGUCUUCCAGUAAGUCAUCGCAGCCAAUUCCGCUGCGCGAUAUUGAGCGAGUCCUACCAAUCUAUCUGAAAGUUUAUUUUAAAGAAAAAGACAAGACCAAGAGAGCGCUCGUUGAGUGUGAAGUGAAAAACAACCAAAAACUUAUCGAUAUGCUAUCGGUGAUGCUGCCGAAAUUGAAGACAAUGAAAGGCCAAUCGGAGGCAUCUGGUCGUAUGUACUAUACUCAACGGAAAUUUCGAAAACCAGCCGUGUUAGAUUACAAAAGCUAUUCUAAAAUUAUAAUAGAAGAUCUCGCUGAUAUGGAUAAAAGCAUGUUCUUUGUUUUCGAUAUGGCCGGAAGGAUGGACAAGCAAUUCAACAUCACGGAAGUGCUAAAAGGCUUUCUAGAUGAAGGUGUUACUGUCUCCUCCCUAAAUGAUUUAUAUACUGCUCAUCUCAGUGAAAGUCUACAAGUAGUAGCUAGUGAUGUUGUAGCUGAUGACAUGUUAGGAAAUACUGUAGAACCUCAACAGUAUGUCGCUGCUGUCUAUCUUGCUCUGCUGCGCUGCCUAUCAUAA